GACGCCAUUGCCCGGGAGCCGUGGGAGGAGGCGCCAUUUCACGCCCCUCAGCAGCAGCACCGAGUCGGUCAGUGACAGCCAGUCAGUCAUCGGAGCGGCGGGCUGUCACCUCAUCGUCGGUGGGCCGCGCAUCGACUCGCUUCAGCCGGCCUCGUCGCGUUUCCCUUCCCGCUUCUAAAGCGAUGGACAGGCCUCUCCUGUCACGAGCGGCUCCGUCUAAAGCCUGGGCAGUGUUUGACAGCUAAUGCUAUGUGAGCUAGUCUUUUGGGGAAACGGAUCCCGUCCCUGACGCUGGGGGUGAGAGACUUAAAAAAACAAAAACAAAAUCAGCUCCUACCGCCGCCUGAUCGCGCUCCCGUCAUCCAUCUGCUUUGAAUCGAGGACCCAAUUUAGCUCCAUUGGCAACGGAUGUCCUAGAGAACGGAUGCGUGAGGACAUGUCCGGCGUGGUGUGCGUGAAGGCGGAGGAGGAGCCCGGCGAGAAGCUGUCCCAGGAUGAGAUCAUCUCGCGCACCAAGCAGGUGAUCCAGGGCCUGGACGCCCUGAAGCAGGAGCACCGCUCCAUCCUGGACGGCCUGCUGGGCACGCUGCGCUGCCUCAAGCGGGAUGAGGAGGGCGUGCUGGCGGAGGAGAAGUCGCGCAUGAUCCGAAAGUCCCUGGAGAUGCUGGAGCUGGGGCUGAGCGAGGCCCAGGUCAUGAUGGCCCUGUCCGGCCACCUGAGCUCGGUGGAGUCGGAGAAGCAGAAGCUGCGGGCCCAGGUGCGCCGCCUGUGUCAGGAGAACCAGUGGCUGCGGGACGAGCUGGCCGGCACCCAGCAGAAGCUGCAGAAGAGCGAGCAGAGCGUGGCGCAGCUGGAGGAGGAGAAGAAGCACCUGGAGUUCAUGAACCAGCUCAAGAAGUACGACGAGGACCUCUCCCCCUCGGAGGAGAAGGACUCGGAGUCCAGCAAGGAGACUCUGGAUGAUCUCUUCCCUGAUGAUCAUGACGACCAAGCGCAAGGCAUCCGGCCGGCCCACGGCGGUGCGGCGGCGGCGGCCGCUCGGCAGGGCGGCUACGAGAUCCCGGCCCGCCUGCGGACCCUCCACAACUUGGUGAUCCAGUACGCCUCGCAGGGCCGCUACGAGGUGGCCGUGCCGCUCUGCAAGCAGGCCCUGGAGGACCUGGAGAAGACGUCGGGCCACGACCACCCCGACGUGGCCACCAUGCUCAACAUCUUGGCCCUCGUCUACAGGGAUCAGAACAAGUACAAGGAGGCGGCCAACCUGCUGAAUGACGCUCUGGCCAUCAGGGAGAAGACGCUGGGCCGGGACCACCCUGCUGUGGCCGCCACGCUCAACAACCUGGCGGUGCUGUACGGCAAGAGGGGCAAGUACAAAGAGGCGGAACCGCUGUGCAAGAGAGCGCUGGAGAUAAGAGAGAAGGUGCUGGGCAAGGACCACCCGGACGUGGCCAAGCAGCUCAACAACCUGGCCCUGCUGUGUCAGAACCAGGGCAAGUACGAGGAGGUGGAGUACUACUACAUGCGAGCGCUGGAGAUCUACCAGACCAAACUGGGGCCAGACGACCCUAACGUGGCCAAAACCAAAAACAACCUGGCCUCCUGUUACCUCAAGCAAGGCAAGUUCAAGCAGGCGGAGACGCUCUACAAAGAAAUCCUCACACGAGCCCACGAGAGGGAGUUUGGCUCUGUUGACGGCGAGAACAAACCCAUUUGGAUGCACGCCGAGGAGAGGGAGGAACAAAGUAAGGGCAAGCAGAAGGACGGCUCACCUUUCGGAGAGUACGGAGGCUGGUAUAAAGCUUGUAAAGUCGCCAGCCCCACCGUCACCACCACGCUGAAGAAUCUGGGCGCGCUCUACAAGCGGCAGGGCAAGUUCGAGGCGGCCGAGACCCUGGAGGAGGCCGCCGUGCGUUCCAGGAAGCAGGGUCUGGACACGGCGCACAAGCAGCGCCUGGCCGACGUGCUGGGCGAGCCGGAGGCCCGCGAGAAGCAGCGCAGCCGCGAGAGCUUGACCUCAGACACGGUCAAGUACGAGAGCGGGCCCGACGGCGGCGAGGAAGUGAGUAUGAGCGUGGAGUGGAACGGGGACGGCUCCGGCGCUCUGAAGCGUAGCGGCUCCUUCGGAAAACUGCGAGCGUCGCUUCGUCGCAGCAGCGAGAAGUUGGUGCGCAAGCUCAAAGGCGGCGGAAGCGGCGGCGAGCCCAAAAACGCCGGCUUGAAGCGGGCCAGCUCACUCGGGGUUCUCAACGUGGCCCAGGAGGCGGCGCUCGGUCCGCGCGACUACCAAUUUGGGGGCAUCAUCCAGGAACGAAAUUCUCGUCUGAAGAAGAGCCGCGACCUGAGCGCCAGCCACACCGACCUGGCGCGUUGACGGGCACGACGACGACGACGACACAGACGUACCGCUCCUCGUCCUUGUAAAUACCGUACGUCUUUCCCGCUCCGAUUGGAUUGGACGUGAGCCGACGCGCCCGCUGUCCGAGUCUCCAAAACGUCUCGCGGUCUUGGAACUCACGCUCGAUGUCGUAGUAGUCCGGGCACGCCUUAGGAUGAAAAACGUUCGGUUGUUUUUGAAGUACCGCGUUCAAUUGCAGUUGUUGAAACUUUCUGUGAACGACAAUUGUCGGCCGGCGGCCGCACGAAGACGACGGACGCGCUCGUUCUCGACUCCAACUCUCACGCACUGACAUGUUUGUUAACUUACAGGAGAAAAGUGAUUUUUUUUUUUUGUUUGUUUUGGGUUUUUUCAACCCGGGAAAUAGGUGUAAUAUACGAGAGAAAAGCUUUACAUUUACAGCAUGGAAAAAGUCGUCAUUUGAAGACUCCAAAUUGCAACAGCCAGCAUAAAACAAAAAGUCGCUUCGAGAAUUUGUCAUUUGUGUAUUACAUGAAUACAAAUCAUACUCAUGACAGAAAAGUUAAGAUUUCAUAAGGAAAAGUCGGAGUUGUAUUUUAAAAAAAGAAAGGAAAAAAAACUUUUCUAUCAUUUUCUGGAGAAAGUUUGUAUUUCAUGUGAAAAGAAGUCAUAAUUUUACAACUCCAAAUUUCAACCACCACCAUUAAAACGGUCAAACUAUUACAAGGAAAAUGUAUUUUACAUGAAAAAGUCUGAAUUUUACAGGACAAAAAGGACACAUGACAACAAAUUGGAAUUUCACAAGAAAAAAGUUUUCAAUUCCCCCAAAAAGUAUACUUAUGCGAGCAAAAAUGUUUGAAUUUGACGUCAAAAGUUGUGAUAUUUCAACUCCCAAAUUACAAAUGUGCACAGCGCAUGAAAAAUGUUGGCGUAUUACAUAUUUGAUGAAAGAUUGUGGACAUACUUGUGGGUAGAGUUCGCACUCAGCGGCGGUGUGAACGUGGGUGCCGUCACGUGCUCGUCCGCGUCUGCUGGCGCUUCGGGGCCGGCGGGCGGGCGCAACCCCGCCUUUCGCCCCGAGUCAGCUGGGAUGGCGACCAGUCACCGCGGAUGCUUGCUUGCUUACAUCACAACCAAGUUUUUGCCCCAAAAAAGGUCAUUUCGUGACUCAAAAUUACAAAAAAGUUGGAAUAUUACAAAAGUUCAGAUUUUAGCAGAAGAAACAUCUUAUUUUGUCAGAAAAAUGUUGUCAUUUUAAAAAUGAAAACUUUGAAUUUUAUGAUAAAAAAGUUGUCAUUUUGCAUGAAAAAAAGCCCAACACACUUUUACGAACAAAAUUGUGCAUAAAUCUAUGAUAAAAAUUGAAUUUGGGGAUAGAAAAGAAUCUGCCGAUUUAGUUGUCCAGCGCGCUUGUCAAGAUUUGACAAGCUUUUGACGAUAAAAAAAAAAAAGAACAACUUGAUUUCAAACCCGUUUACAUUUGGACUUUUUACGAAUGACGAUUGUCGGCUGACUAGAAUGAAGAAGACGAAGACCGCUGACUCGUUACUUUCCGGGAGAAACGUUACCGCGCCACAAAUCAACUUUGUGUUAUUCUGAGGAUGAUUAACGGAAUGGCUGUUUGUUCUUUCGAUUGUGAUGACCCAAAGGCCUUUUUAAGGGCCGCAACAUUCCCGAACACGCAACAAUCAUUUUAGGAGGGAAAUGUCAUCAUUUGACGUUAAAAAGUUGGAAGAUAAAAAAUUUUUUUUUUAAAGUCUGAAUUUCUAUAAUUAGACUGAAUUUCUAUAAUUAGACUAGAAAACGUUGUCUGUUGUAAUUUUACACACACAAAUGUUUUUAAAGGAAACAAUCAUAAUUUAUGAGAAUUGUUUUUAAAUUUUAUGUGACAUAUGCUCACACAUUUUUACUUCGUACAAAUGUGUUAUAUGAUCAAGUUUACAUUUUGGAGGACAAGUACAAAUUUUACAAGAAAAACAUUUUAUGACGAAAAAAGUUUGUUGAUACAUAAAAGCUUUCAUUUUACAUGAUAAAAACUGUCAUUUUAAGUGUAAAAAUUCUGAACAAAGAUUACAAGUCGAAGAUGAAUUCAACCUCAUCAACACGUGUCCAAAAGGCCAACGUAAUGCUUUUAUUAAUAUUUCUCUUGUUUUCCUAAUAGAGAUGUGCAAUAACCCUCAUUUUAUUUGUUUGUAUUAUUUUCAAAAACAAUGUAUAUGCCGUCUGUCAUUCCUAACACUUGCUGUCCUUUCCAAGAUUUGAUAUUAUUAUAGUUAUUAUACCUCAUGUAUUGUAAUAUAUAUAUAUAUAUAUAUAUAUAUAUAUAUAGCUAGAUCUCAAAUCUUCAAGUGACUGUUGAUCGGUCUUAUUGGCAUCGACGCGCUGACAAACAGCUGCCGCACAGUGAUGACGUCAUUUCCGCCGUGAAUGUAUUGAAAACGACGGGAAUUCCAUUCAUGUAAAUGAAGUUUGAAUUUCAUAGAACUGCUAAAAGGUUCGCAAGUGGCAAAACUAAGACGUUUUGUGCAAAUUGCGAAUGACACGAUUUAGUCACGUGAGUGAAGAAUAAAGUUGUGGUGUUGUUGAAGUGUA